UUAAUUUCUCUUCUAUGGAAUAUUUGAAAAAGCAUGAAAGGGGAUGCUUAAGAUCUCUCUCUUUCUCAUUUUGACUUCAUAAGUUUGCCAAUUUGUCGUUAUUUGACUUCUGUACGCGAAGACAGGGGAAACCCUUAGCUUGGCCAACUACCCCCCUUUACUGCUGGUCUAAUCUUUGCAGCACUCAUUAAUUCUCUCCCCCUUGUUUGGUGACUGAGAAACCAUGGGAAAUGAAAUUCUGAAAGUAAUGAGUUCUCUUUCCUGAUACCCAGAAUCAAAAUUUUCUGGGUACGUAUCUGGGUCCUUGAAUCGGGUCCUGUGAAGUAGUUAGCGAUGGAACCCAAGUGGGUAUCUCUCAAAUGUUUUCUGCUCUUGUUUGCUAUUUUUUCUCCCUGGCUCGCAGCUUCAGAGACUAUCUAUAACCGGUCAAGUGUGAAUGCUAGUGCUGCCAGCACGGGAGCUCACGAAGCACCAUGUCCUUCUGGCUGGUCUACCAGUCCAAAGAGGAGCAAGUGCUUCCGAUAUUUUCAGAAUUUCCAGUCAUGGGAUGAGGCAGAAGCCCAAUGUAAACACUAUGGCGCCCACCUAGCAGCUUUGACAUCAGAGGAAGAAUUAAACUCUUUCCAGAAGACCUGUGGUGGCCAAAAUGUAAAUGGUUGUUGGAUUGGAGGAAGAGGUAACAGCACGAUGGGUUUUCGGUGGAAAUGGUCUGAUAAUGCUUCACACUGGAACCAGUCAAUCCAGCCAAUCUUUCAUGAAGAACCUUCUAACUCCAGUUGUGCCAAUAUGCCUUGUCAUGUUGAUAUGUGCACAUUGCUGACAAACAGUUCUAAAUUCCUCAUCGGCGAAAGAUGCAAUGUCUCUCAUCCUUUUAUUUGCAUGAUUGGAAUUGAAAACAAAUGUUACCACAUGGGCUGCCAUAGGGAAUAUCUUAUUAUCCUUGCAGUUGUUAGUGGGUUGAUCCUUUGUACCACAUUUGCUGUUGUCAUUUGGCUUCUUGCAUACAGGCGGAGUAAAAGGCGUAGAAGAUCCCGCAAGCUAUCUAAUCCAGCAUCUUCUGCUCUAGUUCCUCCUUCGUGGAAGAUUUUCACCAGUGAGGAACUCAGGUCAAUUACAAAAAACUUUAGUGAGGGAAAUCGUCUUCUUGGAGAUGCCAAAACAGGUGGUACAUAUAGUGGCCUGCUAUCUGAUGGAUCAAAGGUGGCUGUUAAGAGGUUGAAGAGGUCUAGCUUUCAAAGGAAGAAAGAAUUCUAUUCUGAAAUAGGAAGAGUUGCAAGGCUUCAUCAUCCAAAUUUAGUGGCCAUAAAAGGAUGCUGCUAUGAUCAUGGUGAUCGCUAUAUUGUUUAUGAAUUUAUAGUGAAUGGCCCCUUAGACAGAUGGUUACACCACAUUCCAAGAGGUGGUAGGAGCUUGGAUUGGGCCAUGCGAAUGAAGAUUGCUACAAGUCUGGCUCAAGGAAUUGCGUUCUUGCAUGACAAGGUGAAGCCACAUGUUGUUCAUCGGGAUAUUCGUGCCAGUAACGUGCUGCUUGAUGAAGAGUUUGGAGCUCAUCUCAUGGGAGUUGGUCUUUCUAAGUUUGUGCAAUGGGAAGUGAUGCAAGAGAGGACAGUGAUGGCAGGUGGUACAUAUGGAUACCUUGCUCCUGAGUUUGUAUAUAGAAACGAGCUGACAACAAAGAGUGAUGUAUAUAGCUUUGGAGUGCUGUUGCUUGAAAUUGUAACUGGGCGCAGACCUGCACAGGCAGUUAACAACGUAGGUUGGCAGAGUAUAUUUGAGUGGGCAACACCUUUGGUGCAGGCACAUCGCUACCCAGAACUCUUAGAUCCUCUUAUAUCAUCGGACAUCCCAGAAGGCAGUGUCAUUCAAACAGUGGUAGAUCUGGUGUAUUCUUGCACACAGAAUGUGCCGUCUAUGCGUCCUAGAAUGUCUCAUGUAGUUCAUCAACUGCAGCAAUUGACCCAGCCACCGGUUUCGAAGUAGCAUAGCAUACUUUCAGGCGCAAGCUGUUGAUAUUUCUAAUCUGAUUGUUAGAAGUGUUUACUGGAAACUUCCCCAGAUUUUGCAAAAAUGGUGGAGAAAAUUAGUUGGAAAAGUGCUGUGGUUCUUGACUGCAUGUUAUUAUUACUAACGUAGCUGCGAAAAGAUGUCCUACUUUCUUACUCUUGAAAAGAUGUUUAGAGCUAAAAACAUGUUUGUCCUACUAGUAAA